AUGUCAGAAAGAGGCUCAGCGCGAGAAAGAGAUUGACAAGUUACAUCAAAAUGUUUUCAUAAAAAAUACUACUAAUAUUAUCAUCAAUUAAGGAAGCAAAAGAUCUGAAAUGGCUACUGGUGGGUUUGGAAGAGGUGGAAGAGGGGCAGCUCUACUUCAGGCUCUGAAAGAUGGAACUCGUAAACCAGGAGAUCAGGAUGAGAAACCAGCUGGAGUUCAGCAAGAGACACAGCCACCUGUUGCUAUGGGAAGAGGUGAUAUAUUGAGGGGUUUGGUUGCUGCAAGAUCUGCUCCACCACCUACACCAGGAGGUGCACCAGAUCAGGCUCCUAUAGGAUUAGCAAGAGGAAGAGGGUUGGCUGCCAUGCAAGCCCUUCUACAGGGAAGAGGACGUUCAAUGCCAUCACCUCAGCAAGCUCAGCAACUUCCACCAGUGGGACAGGCAUCCCCUCAGCAUCUUCCAGUGUCACAAGCAUCCCCUCAGAAACAGCAGCUUCCUGCAGGACAACAAAGUUCACCUCCCAGAGCUGGUCCAGGAUCAGCUGGUCAGCCAUCACCUGGUCAGUCAUCUACUCAGCAGCUAGAAGGAAGGUUUGCAAGGAUGGCUGUGGAAGAUAGAAGACCUACUGUUAGCAAUGUGGGAAAAGAUGGCAAAGCAGUUGCCCUUUCAGGAAAUUAUAUUAGAAUUAAUUGUGCCAAUCCCGGAGUGUAUCAGUAUCAUGUGGACUACCGUCCAAUGGUUGAUUCAAAGAAUAUGAGAUUUAAAAUGCUCAAUGAACAUAGGGAUGUGAUAGGACAAGUUAAGGCUUUUGAUGGUAGUAUACUAUACCUACCUAUUCGGUUGCCAGAUCAGGAAACUGUUGUUACAUCAAAAAGACUGACAGAUGGUGUUGAUAUCACCCUAACUAUAAGACUAACCCGUGUGGUUCCUCCAGAGUCUUGUUUGAUGGUCUACAAUAUUAUUUUCAGAAGAAUUAUGUAUAUAUUGCAAAUGGUUCAAGUUGGACGUUAUUUUUACAAUCCAAAGACACCAUCAGCUGUUCCCCAACACAAAUUGGAGGUUUGGCCUGGUUAUAUAACUUCAGUUUGUGAAAAUGAAGGAGGAUUGAUGUUGCUUGCAGAUGCAAGCCACAGAGUUCUAAGAACUCAAACAGUUCUAGAGUUGAUGCAACAAAUUGUACAGAGAAAUUCAAGUGGCUUUCAAGAUGAAUGUGUAAAAAAACUUGUAGGGACUGUGGUACUAACAAGAUAUAACAAUAAGACAUACCGCAUAGAUGAUAUUAUCUGGGAUAAAAGUCCUGCUCAUUCAUUCCCCUGUAAAAAUACAGGAGAGUCUAUGACUUUCCUAGAGUAUUACAAGAAAGCUUACAAUAAAAAUAUUCAAGAUGAUCAACAGCCACUUCUUCUGCACAGACAGAAAAAGAAGAGAACACCUCAGGGAAUGGAACAACAAUGUGAAAACAUCUGUUUAAUUCCAGAGUUAUGUUACAUGACUGGUUUAACAGAUGAACUACGAUCAGAUUUCAGAGUUAUGAAGGAUAUAGCAACACACACAAGAGUUUCUCCAGCGCAGAGAAAACUGACGAUGGGAAAAUUUGUGAACAGUGUUAACAGUAGUCCUGAAGCAAGACAAGAACUAGAAAACUGGGGCCUUAGUUUUGACAAUGAUACAAUACAUAUUGAUGGCAGGCAAGUGCAGGAAGAGAAAAUUAUAUUCAGGGAUGGCCAUGUCAUGGCAGGACCUCAGGCUGACUGGGGAAGGGACGCUACAAGAAAAACUGUUAUAACAGCUGUUGAUCUCCGUAACUGGAUUGUGUUAUACACCAAAAGAGAUUCCAGUACAGUACAAGAAUACAUCAGUAUGAUGUUAAAGUGCUGUCCUCAAAUGGGAAUACAGUGCAAUAAUCCAACAAGAUAUGAGCUCAGGGAUGACAGGACAGAAACAUAUAUCAAAUCUUUAAGAGAUAAUAUAAAUCCUACAGUACAAAUGGUUGUGAUAAUCUUCCCAACAUCCAGAGAUGAUAGAUAUUCAGCAGUCAAGAAACUAUGUUGUGUUGAAUGUCCAGUACCUUCUCAGGUGAUCAUAGCAAAGACAAUCAAGGACCAAAAGAAGUUGAGAAGUGUUACACAGAAAGUGGGAUUACAGAUUAAUGUAAAAUUGGGUGGAGAGUUGUGGGCUCUAAGUAUACCAAUGAGUAACUUGAUGGUGAUUGGAAUAGAUGUAUAUCAUGAUGCUACGAGGGGUAAAAGAUCUAUUGCUGGAUUUGUGUCUAGUACAAACAAAGAAUGUACAAGGUGGUACAGCAGAGUUUGUUUCCAGCUACCAGGACAAGAACUUAUUGAUGGCCUGAAGAUAUGUAUGACAUCAGCAAUAAGAAAGUACCAUGAGGUUAACCACACAUUCCCAGAUAAGGUAGUUGUGUUCAGAGAUGGUGUUGGUGAUGGACAGCUGAGUAUUGUAGGAGGUCAUGAAGUAGAACAACUGAAACAAUGCUUUAGGCAGUUUGGGGAUAAUUAUAAUCCAACAAUGACUGUAGUGGUAGUCCAAAAAAGAAUAAAUGCUAGAAUCUUUCUCAAGACAAAUAGGGAUCUAGAAAACCCACCACCUGGAACUGUUGUGGAUCAUACCAUUACAAGGAGAGAGUGGUAUGACUUCUACCUUGUUUCUCAGCAUGUAAGACAAGGAACAGUGUCACCAACACAUUAUAUUGUGGUACAUGACAGUUCUAGCAUGAGACCAGAUCAUCUUCAGCGACUGUCAUACAAAAUGACUCAUUUGUAUUAUAACUGGCCAGGAACUGUAAGGGUCCCUGCACCUUGUCAGUAUGCCCAUAAGUUGGCUUACUUGGUUGGCCAGAAUAUCCACAAAGAACCAAGUACAGAGCUGUCAGACAGAUUGUUCUUCUUAUAGAAUAGAUGGUACCAAAUAUCACCCAGAAAGUCUUGGGCUAAUAAGAUGUUAGUCCUGUUGGAUAUUGAUCUCAGUGCUAGUCAAAUUUUAAUUGAUUCUGUUUACAGGGAUUGUGGAAAAAUAGUGACUAUUUUAGUGAUGUUUUAGCUUUUAUAUCACAUGACUACACGGUUUUGUCUUCCUUUAAUUAGACAGUUUUUGGAGGACAUUUACAUGAUAUAAGUAGUCUUGAACCAAAAGAUGUGUUUUAUACAUUAUUUUUUCAUAUUUAGUUCAUCAUUGACAUAGUAAUUUUUAGUUCAUCUCCAUUGCAAAAGACAAGGGAAUGUGUUGAUUUAAUUGUUACAUUCAUUUUAUAUUUUGUAAUGUUUCGUUUUACUUUGCAAGAUAGUGAAACUUGCAGAACAAUGUUAUUAUUAUUUUACACUUUUGUACAUCGUGUACAUGUACUGUAUGAAAAGAAGUUUUUUUUAGAUGUCUAUAUUAGCUGUAAUACUCCCAUAAUUUAUGAUAAAAGAGCAAACCUUUUUACCAUAUUAGGGAAAAACUAACAAAAGGAACUGAAAUCUUAACAUACAUUUGUUAGGAAUGCUGAAGACUGAAUUGAAGAAAAAAAGUCAAAUGUGUAUUUUUGUUAGUGAAUAUAAGUUUAAAAUUUUAUGAAAGUUUCCCAAAAAAAAUACGUAAUGGUCCUUUAGGGUAUUCUUUCUUCUUCUUUAAACUGUACUCUGCAUGUAAGUUAAUCAGGUAAAAUUUUUGUGAUUUUUUUUCUUUCUAAAAGGACAGUUAUUAUUCUAGUCAUAUAAUAUUGUUGGGUGUAUUUUGUUAUUACUUGCAGUAGGAAUGGUUGAUAUUCUAUAUGUUUGUAAAUAGGCUUUAUGUUGGUGUGAGAACAGUGAAAUAAAUGUGUGGACUUCAUUCAGCAAACCAUUGUAUAUAAAACAACCUCACAUAUCUCAGUAUGACAUAUUCAUUCAUGAAAUACAAAGCAAAUUAUAUACCUGUACAUUAAUAUCAUUCUUAUUUAUGUAAAAGGCAGCAAUGAGUCUUAACCAACAUUAUAUACCAUAUGUUAUAAAUUUUCAUACACAUUUCAAGUUAAAACUCUAUAUUAAUAAAUUGUAUUUGUUUAUUUUGACUGCAAUAUUUAGAUCAUGUUCAGCAUAUCUGAUGCUGGAAAUUCGACUGGAAAAUUUUCUUGACAUUUUUUAUCAGUAUUUAUCUUCUACAUUCAUUUAAAAAAAAUUAUGUUUAUAGAAAAAGUUACAAUUUUUUCUCUCCCAGGCAGCACUUUUUUCCUGAGUCAUUAGCUUCUGAUAGAAUUAUGUUACAUUUUAAUGUCCCACGAUAUGGUCAGUAAGACAAACACUGCUAUAUUGGGGAAAAAAUUUGAAAUAGUUUCAAGUGCUAACACCAACUAAAUUACAUAAUGACACAAUACAUUUCAUAUACUGACUAAUUAGAAAAUGCAGUGUUUCUUCAGAGUGUCCCUUUAAAGCAUAGAUUGCAUUCACACCCUGAUUUUCGAAAUUCCAUAUUAAAUUUUAUCAUAGGUAACAAUGUUGCCUGCAAAUACUUUGAAACUAGAGAAGAUGUUUUGAAGUUUGUUAUUCUGACCAAUCAGACAUAGGAAUAAUGCAUUUAUGCUUUGAAGUUUGUUAUUCUGACCAACCAGACAUAGGAAUAAUGCAUUUAUGCUUUGAAGUUUGUUAUUCUGACCCAACCAGACAUAGGAAUAAUGCAUUUAUGCUUUGAAGUUUGUUAUUCUGACCAACCAGACAUAGGAAUAAUGCAUUUAUGCUUUGAAGUUUGUUAUUCUGACCAAUCAGACAUAGGAAUAAUGCAUUUAACAUGGGCAAUGGAACAUUUUUAUAUUUGAGUUAUUUUUUAGUUGAGAUUUUUUAACUGGUAAAUAGAUAAUAAUCCAGGUUGAAUUUGGUUCCCUUGCCCAUAUCAAAGUCAGAUACUAAAUUAUAAUGUGUGUACAAGCAAUGUUGCUUCUCGUGAUGUCUCAAUAAGGGCGAUUAAUGACUUCACUGAUCUUCACAAAACUUGGACAGAAGCUUCUUCAUAAGUAAGAGAAACCAUCCUGAUCAAUUUAUAUUGUAUUUGGCUAAUAAUGUAACAAAUGUUGGUUAACCACAACAUUUCUGCUUUCAGAAAAUACCUUUUGUACCAUAAAUUAUAUCUUUACCAAAAUUGGUUUGAUAACACUCCAGGGAGUGAAGAUUACUUAGGUUUUUGAUAUAAGAAAGUGUUCAGUUUACUUGGUAACCUACUAAUAACAUUAAUUGUACUUAAUUCAAGUGUUCACUUUAGAUAAAGUUCUUUUUCUAUGCAAAGUUUUGUUCAGAUGUGUUUCAUAAUAUCUUUAUUUGUCUUAUAUAUUUGCAAUAACCUCAACAAUGUGUAUUGAGAAUAUUAUUGUAUGCAACUUGAAUAAUGAAAAUUUAUUACAAAUAAAAAAUUUAAAGCAA